AUGGAUACUGCUGUUAAUGUUAACAAGUCCAGGGGACGUGGACGAGGAAGACGAGAAAAUCCAGUCACAAGUAGCGAUAAAGCACCCGGGCACAAUGUAAAGGAUACAGAUGCCAAAGUUAACAUUUUGGCAUUGCUACAAAGUGGAUCUGUACAGGCAGCUGUCGAUUUUUUAGAUAAUGCCCAUGGCGAUAUUCUCCCGGCUUUAUUGGACGACGUUGUUGAUAAAGUAUGUAAUUCAAUUUUAGAAAAUGUAGAGGUUGUGGAAAAUUCAGCAGGGCUCUUUAAAAGGCUUUGGGAUGACGAGUUUAAAGAGAGUGCGUUAGUUAGACGGUCACUUUUACUACGAUUACAGAAACAAUACACAGGGAGGGAUGGUUUGACUGAUGCAGCUUUCCAAGGUUAUGCCUCUUUCCUUUGCGAGCUUUUCAGUCAAUUGAGAGUGCAAGGACAUUAUCUUCUUGCAUUAGUGGCUCCAGUGUAUGCUGUUUUGACUGAUUUCCUAAAACAAAGAGACAAAUCUCAAGACAACCUGUUAACGUUUCACAUGUUAAUGUGUAAGCAUGGCUUGCUGUUGGAGAAAGUUGCUAAAGAUAAGAUGGCAGAGUUGAUAAAUAUUAUUAGGGGUACUUUGUUGACGGAAACAGCAAAAACUGCAAACAGCAGGCUAAAGAUAUGUGUUUUAUUGGAAAUAGUGGAGUUAUAUGCAUCAAACUGGGUGCUAUCAGAUGAUGUCAAACAAUACUACAGUGACAAACUUGCUGAUAUUAUGACAGAAAUUGAGUAA